AUGAUUACAUUUAUCAAUACAAUUAUUUGCCAAACUAACAUCCAGUAUUUUUGCAGCACGAUGCCCGAAUCAAUGAACAAAAGCCUGUCUGCAGAGUCCUUCGAGGCUUUGCUCGAUGCCCUAGGGCUCUCCGACGAAGACUCAACCACGGUUACCGUGAAACCCAUACCAAGCUACAUCCCAUCGGACAUGAUCAGUCCACCAAGGCCGAUCACCCCAUUCUCCACAGUGGAUUAUUCCAUCGCCGACGAGGCGCGUUACAGCCUAUACGGUCAAGACUACCUCUCCGACUUUGACAUCUGGGCAGACAUCGAGGAUGAGGACAGUGACGGCGACUUUGCAGAAGACGCGCUGCCCUCACGACCAGGCUCCUCUUUCGAGAGCUUUGAGGUGAUCUCCGACCCUGCCUACUCCCUUGCCCACCCAGGCCCGUUUCCGCUCAGUCCCAACCCCGACCUAAGCCCACUCUACCAAACGACGUUCCCUCCGGCCUCUCUCACUCUCCAGUGCAACACCAUCUUAUCACCACCCCCAUCUAAACGCCCGCCCGCAACCCCAUCUGUCAUCUCCAUGUCCAGUUCCACGCCCGUGUCUACUGUGUCGCCCACAGCAACGCGGGCGUCGGCGCCCAGCUCUAUGCCCACAUCCCCGGCAUCCUGUAGCUCGUGCUGCGGCGACGACCACUCGGACGCGAUCCAGAUCAAGGCGGCGCUCAACGCGUCGAUCAUCAUGCUGCGCGUCCCGCGCGCGAUCACGUUUGCGGAGCUCAAGCUGCGCCUGUACGACAAAUUCGUGGGGCAGGAGUCGAUACAUCUCUCACACGCGUUCUCGGUCGUCAACGUUCUUCCGCCGGCCUCCAGCACGAGCACUAGCACGAGCACUUCUCCAAGUUCAAGUGCGCAGUCAAGCCCAAGGACGAGCCCGAUCGACGGCUCGCCUCCGACCAGUGUUAGCUUGAGCGGCAGAACAACACCAGGGUUAAACGUGAAAAGACCAUUGUGGUUGGAGCGCUCGCCUGUCAGACGUCCGAGAGGCAUCUCGUUCGCCGAGCGCACGGAGAUGCGGUUCAUCGACCGCGAGGCAGACUGGCGGAAAAUCGUUGCAUUGGAUUGUGAAGACGGUAACAAAAUCGCCCUGCGGAUACUAGACACACCACCCUAG